AUGACCAACGUGACUGAACAAAAGAAACUCGCCAAGACACACAACGGAAAGAAAAAACAAGAACAAGACCCCAUGAUCCGGUUUUCAAAAGCACUUUCCAAAGUUCUUCGACAUACUGCACAAUCCAAUGGGCUGCAGCUUCGUCCAGAUGGCUUCGUGUCGGUGGAUGACUUACUUAGAUUACCGCAAUUUAAAAAUCUUUCUCUACAAAUGCUGAAAAAAAUUGUAGACGAAAAUGAAAAGAAGAGAUUUUCCUUGAUUGAGAUGGAAGGUAAGCUGUUAAUUCGGGCCAACCAGGGACAUACAAUUCGAACAGUUGAAGUACCUAUGACACGUAUUGAGGAUGCUUCCUUAUUACCGAAAGUUGUCCACGGUACAAGAAAGGAAUUAUGGAAGACAAUCAGCAAGGAAGGCCUUUCACGUAUGAAAAGGAACCAUAUACAUUGCGCUACAGGACUCUUUGGUGAGCCUGGCGUUGUUUCUGGGAUUCGGAAAUCAUGUACUUUAUAUAUUUAUAUUGAUGUUUUGAAAGCUAUGCAACAUAAUGUGGAGUUUUAUCAAUCAGAAAACGGGGUCAUUUUAACAGAAGGCAAGAAUGGAAUUUUGUCACCUUCAUUUUUCAAAAAGGUUGAGACAAAUCUAGGGGAGGUUCUUCUUGACGAGGAUACGAAAGCAGAGACCCCCAAAGCCGACGAUUCGCUACUUAAAGGCACCGAUACUGAGAGUGUCGAUGAUUUAGAUCCAUUUAGUGAGGAUAUGGAAUCAUUAACAGUGCACGAUUUGAACCUUGUUCAAGAAAAGCACAGUAACUUUGGCUAUUCAGAAGGCAUUGUGAAAGGAAAAAUGGAAGUUGCUCAAAGCGGUUUUGAUGAUGGUUAUGCUCAGGGCGCUAUUUAUGGAUAUGAGGUUGGAAAAAAAUUGGGAGAACUAAAAGCAAAAUUGCUUAUCGUGGAGGACGAAAAGGAACAAGUUUUAUUACAAAACCAGCUAGAAGAACUCGAACAGCAAAGUGAGUUUUCCAAAUUCGUGUUUGCAAACAAGGAGUCUAUUAGAUCUAAAAUAGACAAAAAGUCUACUUUGUAG